AUGGAUGAUGGUCACGAAAGACUCAUCAGUAGUGGUUCGGGACCCCGCAGGCACCCAACCUGGCGCACCGUCCUGAUCAUCAACACCACCUUCGCCAGUUUUACACUCAUCGCGUAUAUUGCGUUCCUGAUUUGGAUACACAGCAACACGCACAUCGCUCACGGUGUGGCAGAAGUUUUCAGCGGUCUCUGCUCAGAGGUUUCAAGAACAGUGGCCUAUGCACACUUGCUCGUCAAUGCGUUUGCCGUCUUGCUUUUCGCUGUGGGUACACAUGGCGUCCAAGUAUUGCUUUCACCGACCAGAGCAGAAGUUGAUACUGCUCAUGCGAGAGAAAGAUGGUUGCACAUUGGUGUGGGAGGCUUCAGAAACAUGAGAUGGAUUCACAAGCGCAGACUCAUCAGAGCAGUCCUUCUAGGAUUGGCCUCGAUCAUGUUGCCCUUCCUUCAUAACUCUGUGUUCUUUACUACUCUAGCAACUGCAGAUAGGACAGUGGCUCUCGUGACUGAAGACUAUCCUAAAGGAUCUCGACUCGAUGGCGCAACAGAGCAGUCUACGUUCUUGGCUAAAGCGGAGAAUUAUGUCAACAUCUCGAGGUCUUCUCGUACAGCUCUGAAAUCCAUCGAAUUUGACGAGCUGCUACAACAAAUGCGAGUCAACCUGGUAGACCUCGUCCGAAUACCAACAGAGGAGUGCCGCUCUAUGUUCUCGUCCUCGCGUGUGCCCUUUGACUACUCCAACGUGUUGCUGAUAAGCUCGUCUAACGCCAGCAACUCCUUGGACGGAUUCAUCGAUGGUGAUCUGCAAUACCCAGAGAUGGCCGUGAAGUCCAAGUAUCAAGGUGUGCAGACUAUCGAUUGGUUCAAUACUGUUGGUGUAGUCUCGAUCUUUCACAACCACUGCAUUGACACAGACUUCGACUUUGGAAAUAGCAGUAUCUGGAAUAUACCUACUUGGGACUACUACUGCACAGUAUCGACAUAUCCUGUUGAAUACUGUCUGGCUCAAAAGUUUGAGCCUGACUGCGGUGUCAGCAUCAAUGCUCGAGUCCUUCCUGGUAUCCUGGUCUGCUUGUUCGUGGAGGUUCUUUGCUUAGCCAGUCUGGCGUUUUCGCGUGGCUUUCGGCCCCUGGCAACUGUCGGAGAUGCUGUAGCGAGCUUCUUGAAGCAUCCAGACACCUUUUCCGCAAAGACGCCCGGUGUUACCGUGCACUCAGUACACUCGCCAACGAGCCGCUUUGACAAAUUCGGCUUCCGACGAUCCGAAAAAGACAUUGCCUCAUGGAGACGCAAGUGGCCGGUGUGGAGGGCGACAGUCGAUACCGAAACCUGCGCUUUGUUUCUCAACUGUCUCUUCCUUGGCUUUUUCGCCACCGCGACGGCAGUCCUCAUCGUGCUCAACGACGGUGGAAUAUCUGGUUACCAACCAUUGACCUCACAAAGCCCUACCUCCGAACAUGGACUCUUUGCCAACCUCUUCGGCCUCGGAUCCAUACACGCCCUCAUCUCGAUCACUUAUCUGUUUUACAACCAUCUGUUCUCACGCAUGUUUGCCGCAGUGGAGUUGAGCUCAUACUCGAGAACACAUGCUCCCUUACGCGUGACUCUGCCAAGGCAGGGCGCCCGCAACACGUACUACCUCGCCAUGAAACCUUACUACUCUGCUCUCUUCAUCGUCGCACUGACCUUGGUACACUUCCUCACGUCGCAAGCUUUGAACGUGGUAGCUCUCACCACCUACGACGUCAUGGGUCAAUAUUCGCAUCAACGCAUCACCUAUGGCAUUUCCCCUUCCUCUGCCAUAUCAGCUUUGGUGGUUGGAUUCAUUAUGCUCUGCGCAUUGGCUUUUGCGUUGGACAGAAAACUCGAAGAUGGAAUGCCUGUGCUGGGGACUUGCUCGAUGGCUAUCUCGGCGGCUUGUCAUGUCGAUAGCGGUCGUGCGACACUGGGGCCGGUCAAGUAUGGUAAAGACGAGAGAACUGGUAAAUUGGGAUUCCUGUGUCGAGAAGUAUCAGAACCUUGA